GGCUCUGUUACUAGGUCUGGUGCUAUGGCGGAUCGAGGGAAGAGCGAGGAGGAAGACGCUGUGCCGGUGAAUGCGAUGAAGGUAUCUGGGCAGCCGGAUUGGCCGGGUCUCCUCAAGUGGAGCUUGUCGCGCAGCGAUCCCGGCAACCAGUCGCAAGAUCCGAAGAAGGAGCUCAGUGAGGAGGAUAGGAAAUGGUUCAUGGAAGCGAUGCAAGCAAACAGUGUGGAUAUUGUGAAACGUAUGAAGGAGAUAAGUCUCGUCUUGCAAACUCCUCGCCAGGUUUUAGAGGAGCAAGGAGUCUCGUCUCAAGACAUUGAAGGUGUGCUCGAGGAGCUUCAGGAUCACGUAGAAUCUAUCGACAUGGCAAACGACCUGAAGGCCGUGGGAGGAUUAAAUCCUCUGAUCGGGCUUCUGCAAGACCAGUACGCUCCGAUUCGUGCAAGAGCUGCCGAGGUUCUGAGCACGGUGGUGCAAAACAAUCCAAAGAGCCAGAACGACGUGAUGGAGCACAAAGGGAUGGAGGCGUUGCUCAACACCUUCAGCUCCGAUCCUGACGUAAAUGUGCGUGCCAAAGCACUGGGAGCGAUUUCUUCUCUAAUUCGAAAUAACAAACUUGGUACCAACGCGUUUCGUCUGGCAAACGGAUUUGGCCAGCUCAAGGAAGCUCUGUCGUCGGAUCAUUCCCGGUUGCAAAGGAAAGCAUUGCAAGUCAUGCACUACUUGCUUCAAGACAAUCCCAAAGACAACGUCACGGCAGCAGAGCUGGGUUUUCCACCCCUCUUGACGAAGCUAGCACGCAGCAACGACGCGGAUAUCAGAGAGGAGGCCUUGCAAGCCAUGGUGGACGUGUCUCACAACGACAAAGCGUCGUCACUGUCGUGGGGAAGCGACCACAAGGGCUUGAAGGAUUUCCUCAAUGAGCGUAUGAGCAGCCUGCAGGACAUGAAACCGGAGGAUCUGGCCCCGAUGAGAGACGAAGGCGUCUUGCUGGACACGCUUUGGAGAGAUUGCUUUGGCCAGCCGUCCGUCUUGAGGCAGAAAGGACUUCUAUCUCUUCCAGGCGAUGACGAGCCGCCGCCAGACGUUGCAGGGGCGAUGUUCCAGCCGAGCUUACGAAACCUCGCCGCUCAGCAAUCCGAGGAGAAAAAAGAGCCGGAGCCACCUCUACUGCUCAAGCUCUAGUCUUUCUCCUCCGUACAGGUGCUGGGAGAUAGAAAAGCAACUUUUCUCCCGACACGACUUUUGGAGCGGUCGUCUGCAUGGAAUGGUUCAGGUCGACUGGAGCCUAGAGUCUCAUGAUCAUAAACUAAGGUACAUUCGAGUCAGACGACUUUUCUUUUGCUGUAGUCUUCCGCUUUUUUCAAUGAACAGAGGUCUAGAAGCAGGCCAAGUAUUUGUUUGACGGCGAGAAAAACGCGAUGUCGUUGACAAACUCAAAAGAGGCAUUGUCAGGAAAAAAAAUAUCCCCGUCAAGUGAGCAUCGAAAAAAGUCAAAGCAUAGCCUCGACAAAGAGUUGAACCUGGCGAGUUCCUUUCACACGUAGUCAAACGCAGUAAUAUGGUGGGAUGUAUAAUAACUCAUGUUAACUAGUUGAGAAACCAUGGAAA